GUAAAAAGCCUAAAAGAUAUUUUUCUUUUGGCGAGGGCGUUAAUACAUUAUCCAAGAUGGCAACUCGCAUGAAAGAGAGUGAGUUAGAAACAGAAAAUACUGAAAUAGAGCAAUCUAAAAAAGAAGUGAAAGAAGAUGAUACAGCUCCAGCAGAAAAAGGGGACGAAGAAGAGGAGGAGGAAGAGAAAGAAUUCUACGGCCAUCCAAGAAGCUUCAUCAGAGCUCUCAUUUCUGAGGCCGCGAUCGGAUAUACAUUUUGGACUGUAUUUCAUGGGUUAGCCCCCAUGGUAUGGUAUUACCCUCUCAACCAGUUAGAGAUCACAGGAUACGAGGCAUAUUCACUUGUAUGGUUUAGCCCGCUUCUGUGUAUCUCAACAAAAUUCCUGGACAUUAUUCAAAGUAAAACAGGAAUAUUGAUCCUGCGAUUACUAUGUGUUGCGUCUCUUGCCUCAUUUCAAGCACCAACAACGUCUUUGCGAUUGCAAAUCCUAGCUGCAGGCAAUUUUUUUGCAUUGUUGCUGGUGUUGGCAACGUGGUGGCACAAGUCUGCUUACCAAAGAUGCAUAUCAUUCUGGGGACAUAUGCUUGGUUUUAUAGCACUACUAGCAUCCAGGAUUUGGUUCGUUUCAAUUACUCCUGCGUGGAGCGAUGCAUUCUCAAAUAACGUUGUCAUUUCCAUCGGUAUUAUUGCGACAAUUGACCGAUUCAUGGCAGUUGAAUAUCCGCUACCUGAAGCUAAGCCUAAUACAAAAGUCUCCCCUCAUUGGAAGAAAAUGGCCACUGGUUUUGGAAGUUUAUUGUUCUUCACUCAUUGUUUAUUUGGGGAUGUAGCAGUGUUAUGUAGAUGGCUAGGCAUUGGACAUCCGUUCACCGGGCCUAGUCCCAAUCCAUUCAGUUGUGCUGUCUAUAUAGAACUUGUAACCGGUUUAAUGAUUUCGUCGAAGCCCGGCUUAUCAACCCACUUUCUUUGGACGUGGUUCGUCGGCGGACAUUGUACCCUCCUCUUGUUUUACUUCUCUGCGUACACGGCAUUUGCGUUCGGUCUCCUCGUCGCAUUGUACACCAUGUCCAUCUGGCCGGAAAUGAGCGACCGCCUGACUAGCUGUCCACCAGUUAAGACUCUAACACUUGCAAUGGGGAUUUAUCUUUUUGAGAUGCUCUUUUCUGUCUGGACUGUGGCAUAUAACUUCGUGCCUGGGGGCUGGUUAACUAGGGAAGGCACAUUCUAUCUCAUUGUAUUUAUUGUACUCUACAUCGGAUUCGCGCUGCUGACAGGAGCAGGUAGAAACAAUGCUAAGUUUACAAGUAAGCACAUGGCGUUCCGUAAUGUGGAUGGGACUGGACCGUACGCAGUACAUGCUGACGUCAAGAUUCUCUUAAUAUUAUUGUUAUGCACUGGAAUUGGUGGUUUUGUGUACCGUGGACGCAACAUGAGCCCCCCAACUCCCAGCAAUGCUAACCCAAGAGAGUUCUCAACGCUGAUCUUCACAGCACACUUUAUGUAUGACAACGAGGGCAGACCUAGCUUUGAAAGAGUUGCCAAACUCCUUAAUGAAACAGAUGCGGAUGUUAUAACACUGUUGGAGAGUGAUGCGUCUCGGCCGUUUCUAGGCAACAACGACAUAUCAAUGUUCUUAUCUGAACGACUGCAUAUGUACCAGGACUUUGGGCCAUCAACUAAGGACCACACUUGGGGAAACCUUCUGCUAUCUAAACAUCGCAUCGUGAACUCAACGCACCACUUGCUCCCCUCCCCCAACGGGGAAUUGGCGCCGGCCAUCAGUGCCACGCUUAAUAUCUCCGGUACUCUUGUCGACUUUGUGACUACCCACAUGGGAAAUGAUAUCAGAGAUGAUGAGGAUCGUAAAUUGCAAGCUGAGUACCUGGCCAAUAUCACCGGAGUCAGUACACGACCAAUCGUAUUCAUGGGUUACAUUGUGUCCAAACCAGAUAGUCGUGAUUACAACCGGUUACGAUAUUUUGGUAAACUGAAGGAUAUUGAUUCAUCUGAUAAUGAAAGAUUUUGCCAGUAUAUUUUCUACAAUCGCCUUAAAAGAGUUGGAUAUGCCCGUAUAUCGCAUGGAGAACUAAGCGACACAGAAGUUCAGCUCGCUAAAUUCCACAUCCCGGAAAAAGGAUCGCUCCAAGAUAACGAUCUGGUUGUCAUAGACAAAAAGAAAGUGGAUCCAUCUCUGCAUUUUCCAGCUAGAUUUGGUAAUUUUUACAAUGGACACUACUCUGGCAUAGAACACCGUUACCAUAUGGGAACACCAAAGUACUUCACACAGCAACCCCCAAGUCACUGAAAAUCACCACCAUCACCUAGGAACAACAUGUACUUCAUACAAAAGACCCUUUAAGCUGCUAAAAUUUACUACCACCUAGGGACAGAGUACUUCAUAUGAAAGACCCUUUAAGCUACUGAAAUUCAUCACCUAUAGGAUCUACAGUUUUGAGAUGAAUGUUCAGACCAAGUUGUCUUUCAAUUUUUGAGAACCCUCAAAAUUCAAAUUGAAUUGGUCAUCUUUAAAGUUCUGUAUAGUUAUUAAAGUGUCUAUAUAUUGGUCAUGAUGUGAUGCCCAUGGCCAUAUUUAGGCAUCUGGACUUAAGGUUCAAGUGAGUAUCAUUUUUUGAUAAAACAGAGAUAGUAUUUAGUUUUUACUGAAUAGAGUGCGGUUGUGGCUUGGCAGUUUAGAUGCUUGCCUUCCAAUCUCAGGAUCCACAGUACAAGCUCUGUACAUGCUAUAAAACUUUCUGGGACAAAUGUGUGAUGUGUCCAUAUAUGGGCAUGAUUAUUAUUUGUUGCAUAAAAUUUGAUAGUGUAGACAAAGCUUUAGUUUAUGUAGAGCACCUUGCGUGUGUGUUUAUCUUUAUGAAACGGAUUGCCACCUGUGACUUGGUCAGUGAUUAAGUUCGCGAUGGAUCUUUCAAUGUGUCAAUCAAACUUAACUGACCAAUCAGAACAGUGCCAGGAAUAUGCAGGUGUCCAGCAAAACACAUGUGUUGUCCCACGAACUUGCAUGUUUGCGUAUCUUAGCAACAAUAUCCAAGGGGCGGGGCUUAGCACAAACAAUGAAUAAAAAAAAAACAUAAAAAUAAUGAAUUUACAGACUUUAGAGAAGUGAUAAAAUCCUUGAAUUAAUUACCAUGUACCAGCAAAUUUUUUUAUAGCUUUAAAUGCAAAUAUAUUGGUAUCAUUUAUGCCUCUAUUAAUAUCGGUGCGAAAAAUAUUUUCUUGGUUAAAUUUACAAUUGAAAAAGCAAUAACUUAAAUGUAGAAAUAACGUAAUUAAUUUUUAUUAACUUUUA